AUGUCAGUCUUGCGUCCCGGACCCCUCCUCCUGCUGCUGUCGGGGACCCUGGCCCUGAGACCAGGACGGAUGAGUGCGGGGUCGGGAGAGAAAACGCCUCAGCCCCCCUCGUCCGUGCCCUCCCGGCCGCCUCCCCCUAGGACCCGGGCCCCAAGCCGAGAGGAGGGUCGGGAGGGGUCUCACCCCUCCGCGCCCACAGGCUCCCACUCCCUGAGGUAUUUCCACACCGCGGUGUCCCGGCCGGGCCGCGGGGAGCCCGGGUGCUUGGAAGUCGGCUACGUGGACGACACGCAGUUCGUGCGGUUCGACAGCGACACCCCGAGUUCGGUCAGGGCGGGGCCAGUGUCUCACACCUUCCAAAGGAUGAUAGGCUGCGACGUGGGGCCUGAUGGGCACUUCCUCCGCCGUUACCUUCGUGAGGCCCACGACCGCGCGGAUUACAUCACCCUGAACCAGGACCUGCGCUCCUGGACCAUGGCGGACACUGCGCCGCGCAUCACCCGCUGCAAGUGGGAGGCAGCCGGUGAGGCGGAGCGCUACAGGUACUACCUGGAGGGCACGUGCAUGGAGUGGUUCCUCAAGUAUCUGGAGAUGGGACAGACUGGGAAGACACUGCUGGAAGCAGAUACAGGGACCACGAGGACUCCCUGA